AUGCAGUCGUUUCUCCAGUACCGGCGCUUUGGGAAGCAGCUGGAAGCUCAGCUGGAGCGGAAUGCCGAGAAGCUGGCUGAGCAACGCCGUCAGAGGCGCCAGGGCCGUCAACAGGCCAACAAUGCGUCCGGCGAGUCUCCGCCAUUAGAUAGCGAAGCAGUCGAUGAGAAGGAGCAACAGGAGCAGCAGCAGCAACAACAGGACGAUGCUGUCUCUUCGAGAUCGUCUUCCUCUCUGGAAGAGGACCUCGAGCGUGCUGAUGUCCCUGACGGGGUAGGUGGUGCCGACCUGGACACCAUGACAACGCACGAGACGACUGGCACCACGCUGGGGCUGGCUCUGACGGGCAUCGAAGUUCGUGAGCGGACCACCAACGAAGGCGGCCCGGCUCUGGGCAAGGUCUUCGUCGUGUCGUACGAGGGCGACAGAGACAAGAUGAAUCCGCACAACUGGGGCUUUGCGCGCCGGGCUGCGGCGACGUUCGUGCUCUCUCUGAUCGGUGGUGUUGUCGGGUGGGCGUCCGCCAUCGACUCGGCCGCCAUUCCCCAGAUAAGCGCGGCGUUUGGCGUCAGCGAUGUCGCGGCGUCUUUGUCGACUGGUUCGUUCGACUUGGAUAUUUUUGAUCGGCUUUGGAAUCGGAGCCUUGAUAAGCGGUCCUUUCUCCGAGACGGUGGGCCGGAAUCCCAUCUACAUCGCAACUCUGGUUUUCUACAUGCUGUUCCUCAUGGGUGCAGGUUUGUCGCGCAACUUUGGCACGCUGCUCGUCUGUCGCUUCAUCUCAGGCAUGUUCGGCGCGACCCCGCUCGUCUGCGCCGGGGGCUCGCUGUCCGAUCUCUGGACGCCGGCGGAGCGUGUCUACGCCUUCCCCAUGUUCGCCUGCGCGUCCUUUCUGGGCCCUCUCCUCGGGCCCGUCGCUGGCUCGUGGAUAGGCCAAACUGGCGUCCUCAGCUGGCGCUGGGUCGAGUGGGUGUCUCUCAUCUUUUCGGGGGUGGUGUUGACCAUCGUCGUGCUCUUCCAGCCGGAAACGUACGGCCCGAUCCUGCUCAAGUGGAAGGCAGAACAUCUCCGGCGGCUGACGGGCGACGAGCGAUAUCGCGGGGCGAUCGAGAUCCGCAAGGUGCCUCUGAUCUGGCGGCUGGCACGGUCGCUCUACCGGCCGUUUAUCAUGACGGCGCAAGAGCUGAUCAUCAUGCUCGUCGCGCUGUAUCUGACCGUCAUCUACAUCGUCCUGUUCACUUUCCUGACGGGGUACACCUUCAUCUACACCGACACGUACCACCUGUCGCAGGGGAUGACGGGGGUCUGCUUCCUGGGCAUCGCAGUGGGCAUCAUGUCGAGCGCAGCCCUGAUCCCGUUCAACAUGCGUCUGCGACAGCGGGACAUUGCGCGCGCGCAGGCCCAGGGCCACUCGCGUGUGGCGCCCGAGUCGCGGCUGUAUUGGGCGAUGUUCGGGGCGCCGUCGAUCCCCAUCUCGUUGUUCUGGAUGGGGUGGACAGCGCGGCCGUCGAUCUCGCUGUGGUCGCCGCUGCUGGCCUCCGUGCUGUUCGGGUUCGGGAUCAUCUGCGUGUUCAUGAGCUGCUAUCAGUACGUCAUCGACAGCUACGAGAUCUACGCGGCCAGCGCGCUCGCCAGCGUCACGCUGAUCCGGUACGUGGCGUCGGGGGCGAUGAUCGAGGUCUCGAUCCCGUUCUACAAGAACAUGGGCGUGGCGUACACGCUGACCAUAAUGGGAUCGCUCAGCGCGCUGCUCGUGCCGAUUCCGUUUGUGUUUUAUAA